AUGAGUGACGACGGAUUGAUGCAGAUCUUGGCCACGGUGGUUGAGGAGGUGAAGUCUUCCAUUAACAGAGACAUAAAUGGUGCUGAACUCUUGUACACUCUACUCAACGCACCAUGGCUCCAGUGUCUGUUAAAGGUAUAUGAAUGUUUACAGCGGUAUCUGAGGUCCCCUCCCAGGCCGUGUAUGACGUGCGCAUCAGGACUGUCUGUGCAGAUUAUGACUGAUCUGAAGUCAGUGUCAAAGCCCUCACCUGAGGCUGUAGAGCUCUUCAGUCUGCUCAAAGAACCCCACUUACAGGCUCUCCUUUUGACCCAUGAUGCAGUGGCGGUGAAAGACUACGAACCGAUUUUACCUCCGUUGCCGGACGACCUUCCAGAUGACGAGGAGGCCAUGAGGAUCGUGUGUUUGGUCAAAAACAACCAGCCUCUGGGAGCAACAAUUCGGAGGGAUGAGGUGACAGGAGAGAUUUAUGUGGCACGAGUCAUACAUGGAGGUCUGGCUGACCGCAGCGGUCUUUUGCAUGCAGGAGACAGGCUGGUUGAAGUGAACGGUUGUCCUGUGUUUGGGCUGGAGCCAGAGCAGAUCAUUCAGAUAUUGGCCAAUUCUCAGGGAACAGUCCUGUUUAAAGUGGUUCCAAUCACAGACAGACCAGUCAACAACCAGACCAUGCUGUAUAUGAGGGCAAUGGCUGACUACUGCCCCCUGCAGGACCCUGCUAUUCCAUGUGCUGAUGCUGGCAUGGCCUUUAGGAGGGGUGACAUCUUGGAGAUAGUGGAUCAAACUGACGCCCUCUGGUGGCAGGCCAAGAAACUGCCCAGCACCUCUGCGUGUGCUGGGCUUAUCCCCUCUACAAGCAUGUUAAAGAGGAAACAAAGGGAGGUCUGGUGGUCUCAACCUUAUCAGCCACACACCUGCAUCAAAACCUUGAGUACUGUGGAUGAAGAGGAAGACAUCAUAGCCAUAGACGACAAAUUUGUAGAGCCAGAUGAGGAAGCCUUUGAAUCUGAGGAACUGAAAGAAGAAGAGAAUGAGUUCAGCACUAACUUUGAAGGCAUUUUUAUACCCGGGUUCCGGCGGAGCCUGCGUCUGUGUCGUAGGAGGAAGGCUCAGAAUGGAGGUCCGGUGCAGUUCUGCUCCCCACGCUGCCCCAGUAGCUGCUACAGUGCCCUGGCCAACCCCUACGAGGAGGUGGUUCGCCACCAGCGUCACCCAGAACAUCCGUACCGUCUCAUAGCCCUGAUGGGUCCCUCUGGAGUUGGAGUGAAUGAGUUGCGGAGAAGACUGAUAGAGAUAAACCCAAAAGCUUACCAGGGACCCGUGCCACACACGACACGGCCUCCUAAGAGUUUUGAAGAGUCAGGUAGAGAAUACCACUUUAUCAACAGAGAACAAUUUGAGAACAUGUUGUACCACCACAGGUUUGUGGAGUAUGGGGAGUACAGAGGUCACCUCUAUGGCACCAGUGUGGAUGCAGUUAAGGAUGUCUUGAAGAGCGGCAAGAUCUGCAUUAUUGAUAUAGAACCUCAAGCUAUUGAGUCAGUGAGGACCCAUGAGCUGAAGGCUUACAUCAUUUACGUGAAGCCUCCACCCAUCGAAGAAAUGAGGCAGACACGGAUUGGCUCCUUGCUCCUCACCAACUAUUACGUCAAUCGACCAUUUAAGGAUGAAGACUUUCAGGAAAUAGAGGAUGCAGGUCGGAAGAUGGAGGCCCUUUACUGUCAGUUCUUUGAUCAUGUGAUCGUGAAUGAUGGCCUCCAGGCCUCCUGUGUCCAUCUCCUGACUGCAGUGAGGAGAGCACAAGAUGAACCACAGUGGGUCCCAGCUGCCUGGAUCAGACCCACUCAGCAGUCCUGA